GGUACCGGCGGGUGGGGGGACAUUGCGGCUCCCUGCCCAGGGCGGGGCGCGACCGGGCUCCGCGCUGCCGCCGCCAUUUAACGCCGUCACGGCGGGUCGGGGGGCGGCGGCUGCCUGCGGCCCCUCGGGUGUGCUGAGGUGCUGAGGGAACGGGGACACCCGCUCCAGCGGAGUGCGGGGAAACCUGCGCGAAUGCGGAAUAUCCUUCUGUCUCCGUAUUUACCUUUUUUUUUAAAAUAGAAAACAGUUAAAUGGCUGGAAAAUUUGUACGUGGCUUCAACAGGGGGCAGUAGGUUUCCUCUUAAUGAAUUCUACCUUUGGGGCUGUUACCUGUUAAUUAAUCCGUGCCUUGUGAAAAGUUGCCUAGAAGGGAGAAUUAAGAUUGCUUGGGCAAUUUAAGCUGAUCAGUUUUAUCUGUCAGCACGAUCUCAGACUGUCCUGCGGUGCCAGCGAGCUGUGUGCUUGGAAGCAAACAAAAGUGGUUCCCAGAAAGGAGCAGGUCUUGACCUGGUAUUGCUCCUGCUGCGCAUCCCGUGCUGGAAGGUAAAAACCGUGGGCAAAUAAAGUCUGGAAAUGGUGGGGGACCCAUCCUGGGCAUAGCUGAGAGGGCUGCAGCUGCACCAUUGCCAAAAAGCGCUAGCUCAACUGUCAGACCUCACUUCUUCAACCUCAUUUCUUUGGUUUAAGCAUUUGGAAUACGAAGAGAAGGGGAUUUUCCUGUCGAGGGCUGUGGUUAGGGUUUCCCCUUUAAUUUAAACCCUUUUAUUCUUUUCUGCGUGUGUUUGGAGUUCUGCUGUCGGAGGAUGACAGCCUGUAUCUUGAAUUCUCAGUGCUGCAGGAAGAGCUGUCCCGUGUUUUGGGGAGUGUAGUUUCUACCCCACGACCACCACAAAAGCCUUCUUUGGGUGAGCCUGUGCUGGCCUGCAAACAGUUUAGUGCAGUGCUGGAGGAACGUGACCUUAGGGAAGAGAAUGGCAGGAUUUGUGGGGACUGCACUUCCUAGCUCCUCAGGAGUCACUCAGCAAAGCAGCAUUGUACGGUGCUUGUCCUGGGGCUUUUCAUAAGGGAACAGUUGUGUUUUGCAGAGUGUGGGCAAAGGACCUGAACUGAUGAUUUCUUUUCCCAGAUUUUUCAUUAUGUAGCAGAUCAGGCAUUGGUCACCGAUUCAGUUGUUCAAAGUGUUGCGGAAUCAGGCUUUGCUGUCCAUAAAGAAUCAAAAUCCUUAUAAUCAGAUGAUUUUUCCAUUAGGUAGUCAAAAACUGAUCAAACUUUGGUACAGUUUUACUUUAAAUUGAUCAUCAAACCCUGAGAAAUGUUAUUUAUAUAAAAUCAAACACAUAAACACUGAUAGAUAACAUAGGUUAUUUUCUUCCAGUGUGUAUUUUUCAUAUUGUUCACUGAAAGUCAGGUUGGUAUAUAUAAAGACAGAAGAAUUGAGCUUUUUAAAUUAUUUUUUUCUUCCCAUAAAGCCAGGAAGUAAAUACUAGAUCAGCAAAUCUGAGUUUUUUGUGGUUAUAGUUAUAUGCAUCAUUGGGGAAAUGUGCUCCAGAUGCUGCCAUUAAAGGGUCAUUAAUUUAAAGUCAGAUCCUACACAGAAAUACAAGGCGGGUGGGCUCUGGCAAACCACAUUCCCCUAAAUUCUAGUGUGCUAUGUUGGGUUUUGGAUUAUUUUUUUUUUUAAUACAAAGCAUUUACAAGUCCUGCGGUGAUCGUUUCCAAGGUAAGUUAAAUAGUAAUUAAUUGCACUGUGAAAUUGAACCUACCAUCGUCCUUACUGUGUCUUUGUGGAUGCUUUACAGUGCAGUGUAAAUAUUAGUACUGCAAACAUUAGAAAUCGUUUAGAACUCCCCCAGUAAGAUACUGUAAUUAUUUUGCCUUGAAGAUACCUAAUAUAUGUUCACAGCGCAUGUAGUUUUAAAGAACUAUAGCGAAGGUAAGCACUGCUAAAUGGAGGGUAGAGGACUGAGAUUCUGGUUUAAAAUCUACCUUUGGAAAGGUGUAUUGAUUUGAAUAUCUCGUCCUGACACUGUAGUAGUAUCUUCAGCAUGGACUCCCCAGGAUUUGUAAGUACUCGUCCGUGUAGACUGGACUCUAGAACAAGCUGCGCGUCUUCAGCUGAAGAAAUGGCUUUGGCUGGUCUCCAUCGCUUGUCCUGGUUUCGGUUUGUGUGGCAUGCCUGACGGAGCUGAGCGAAUCGGUUGCAUUUUUAUAGAUUUUUCAUGAAAAUAAUGGAGAUGGGAUCCUUUCUUCUUUAAAACUUACAUAGAUGGAAGUAGCAGGAGGAUUUUGUGGUCUCUUGUUUGUUUAAAUGGAAAAUAUUAAGAGAAUUUGCAAAACUUCUUUAAGAUUUGAAGCUCGUCUGCGGCAGUGGAUUCUCUGCUGCUCCAGGCUGCUAUGACAAAAUUGGUUGCAACGCCCCUUUAUGAAAUCACUUGAUUUAAUUAGCACAUAUUAGAAAAUAAAUUACUCCUGUAUAAUGCUGCCUGUUGUGGGAGUAGCCAUUUCUUUGGGCAGUGUAAGAGCUCGGUCUGUCUGUCAAGAUAGGUGUGUGUUUGCAUGUCGGCAGAUCGUAAGGAGGUUGAUUUUCUCCUUCACCCCCCAUCGCCUAUUCAGUCAAUUCAACAUGAGCAGCUGCUCAGCCCUUAAACGAGGGAUGAAAUAUUUGCUUGUGCUUCUCUUUUUACCCGCUUUCUUGGCUGAUUUGCUCCGGCUUAUAAAAACUAGAAGGACUUCCUUUCUUUGAAAUAAAUCACAAAUUUUUGAAGCCUCUGAACAUCAAUUUACUGAGCAGUUUGUAGCUGUUAGAUUUUGUGCGCUGUAUUCCUUCCUUGAGAUUGGGGACGAAGCCAUUGUGCCGAGAUGCUUGACGUGUCAUCUUUUGCAGAGAUCAGCUUUAUGUGGGGGAAACUUCCAAGGUGAAAGCCGUGAGGUUUCAAUCUAUACCAUGCUCAGCAGCAGCUCAGUGUUCUGCUCGUACUCGUUUCUGGGAUACAGCCGUGAUUCAUGGCGCACAGGGUGCUGUAUCGAAGAGCUGGACCAAUGAGUCUCGGCAAGAAACAUGCUUCAGAACUUGUGGCGCGGAUUUUGAAGGUUGCUGACACACUUCUGCAAAUUAGUUACUGCCCAGUUCCAGUUAGUGCCAUGUACAUGAGACUAUUAAAAUGUUUUUUUUUAAUUCUCCUUGUAUUUUCUGUCGUAAUAAUGCUGUACGUAACUUUUUCUUCCAACAAUGUGAUUGAGCGCACAAACCUUAUGUAUUUCUAUGAAUACGAACCGAUUUACAAGCAACGCUACCUCUUCACGCUGCGGGAGCGCUUGAAAUGCAAAGACAUAAAUCCGUUUCUAGUCAUCUUGGUCUCUUCAAGUCCCAAGGAUGUGAGGUCGAGGCAAGCCAUCAGGGCAACCUGGGGGUCUCGGGACUUCUGGUGGGGACACCGGAUUCUAACCCUCUUCUUACUGGGUCAGGACGCUCAAAGAGAAGACAAUGCUGCAGCACUGUCGGUGGAAGACGAAAGUAUCCUCUACGGUGACAUCGUUCGCCAGGAUUUUAUGGACACUUACGACAACCUCACCUUGAAAACGAUCAUGGCGUUUAAGUGGGUGACGGAGUUCUGUUCAAACACGCAAUUCCUCAUGAAGACUGAUGCUGAUGUCUUCAUCAACACUGCUAACCUGGUCAAAUUUCUUCUGAAGCUAAAUUCCUCAGAAAAUAUUUUUACUGGUUAUCCUCUUAUAGAUAACUUUGCCUACAGAGGCUUUUACAGAAAAACAUACAUCUCUUACGAUGAAUAUCCAUUCAGGUUGUAUCCUCCGUAUUGCAGUGGGAUGGGUUAUAUAUUGGAUGGAAAACUAGCUCUGAGGAUUUAUGAACUGAUGAGUCAUAUCAAACCUAUUAAAUUUGAGGAUGUUUAUGUUGGAAUUUGCUUAAAUAUACUCAAAGUGAACAUCAGUAUUCCAGAAGAUAAACAACAAUUCUUUCUUCAUAAAAUUAAUUUUGAUAUCUGUAAAUAUAGACAUUUGAUUGCAGUACAUGGCAUUACAUCAAGUGAAAUCAUCAGGUUUUGGCAGGAUUUGUCAUCAAACACUGCAGUUACUUGCCUUUGAUUCUGUAUUAAUAUAUAAACUGAAACCUAUUUGGUGUGAAAACGUUUAAAGUACAGGGCAAGACAAAACAAAACCACAGCUACAGAUGACUUGGACUGAAGGAAGGCUGCGCUGCCAGGGCAAAGCUGUGAUGGCAGCAUUUCUCUGGGACAUUCUGACACCCUUAAAUAAAAAUUCUAGGGGUGUACAAAGCACUUGUCCAUGUGCGUAUCCUGCACACGCAGGAUACUUCGGAAUACGCUGUCCUGCCUUCCUCUGGCACUUCCCCACACGGUCUGCUGUAACUGCGGGAUUUCUGCCUGAAUCUUCUGGAACACGUAAAGUAUCACUGAGGAAUAACGUUUAUGCCAAGAAACUGGCUUUGAAGAUGCUUCCCAAAUUCUUACCUGGAUUUUUUUUUAAUUGUUUUUGUAACUGCAUCGCCCUUUGCCACCCUCUGGGAUUUGUUCGUUGCCCAGCAUGAAACUUAGAACAACGACCUUCUUUCAGUAUAUCACCUCUGUAAUCGUUCCAAGAGUGUUACCGCUUCUUAUUUAAACACGUCACCUCCGUAAUCAUCCCGAACGUGUUACAGGCUUCUGGAUCUUGUGAGGUCUGCAGCAACCGAUGGGAAAUUCUGAAAACGGGAUGGACUUUGUGUGUGUACGUCUAGGAAUAUUGAGAUACGUAUAAAAUGGAAUUGCCUUGGUGUCCUUGGUCAUGUUCCCAGAUGACUAGAGGGCAAGGUGCAGUAGAGUUUGUGUGCGGUUUAGUUACAAGACGUCUCUAACGUGUCGGGAUAAUCAAAACCCACACGCGCAUGCAUGUACGUGUGCGUACUGAUGCAUCCCGACAGCGUUGGAACCACGCAGGGAAGAUUAAACCAGAUGCAUUUAUAUUGUGACUUUAGGUCUGUUUCUAAAACAGUUUUCUUUAAAUCUUAAAGAAAUAAGAAAAUCUAAGAUUCAUCUUUCUUAAAGAAGACAAACUCUACUGUAUCUGUAAAGAUGGAUAUUUUAAUCACUUUAUUCAUAUCAGCAAGGCCAAGUUUUCAGUAGUUUACACUUCUAACAGACAACAAUACAGAAUUUGGAAUUGCAUGAACAUAAUUAUUCUCGACACAUCCACUACACAGCAAAGACACUAUAGUUACAUCCUGUACACCUAGAAUGACAGAGCACUGCCACCUUAUUUGUACUACAGCUAAGAUGUUACGGUGUAUUUACAUUUGGCUGUCUUUCACAUAGUCUCUUAGAGACAAAUUAGAAGAGGUGCAGAAACCUCUAGUACCAAGUUUGAGGUUUCACCAGGUUUUUUUGUUACAUUGUGAUUAUGGUCAGUAUUGAAUUUUGCUCUUUUCAACAACUGCAUGUGGGGUUUUGAUGGAAUUACAGGACGUGUUAUUUUUUUAGAUAUAAAAAUGAGGUCUUGGGGAGAAUACUCUCUAGGCAAGUAUUUCAGAUGUCAGUGUUCUAAGAAUGUAUGUUAAGAAGGUCAAAGUUUUUAAAAAAUAGAUUUUUUUUUUUUGUUAAUAGCUAAAGAUACAGUAUUGCAUAACUGAGGGAAGAAUGCUAUUGUAUUUCUAGAAACAGAGGUAAAACUACAGCUGUUCCUCUGGGUUUAGGACCUGUUGUUUGAUUGUUGUACUGUGGGCGGAUCCCGAGAGCUCUGUGAGAAAUGUUUAACUUGUUCUUCAAUUGUUUAUACAUCUUAAAAAAAACCCUCCUUUUUUUUUUGUAAUAAGCCUGCCAUGUUAAAUGUUUAGAAAUAAAUUAUUUGUCACAAGAACACUGA